AUGGGUCUCGUUCAAGAGAUCGCGGGACCGUUGUCCCAGCAGUUCCAGUCCAUGGGCACUGGUCUGCAGGUCUUCAGCGUCUUCACCGGCGUUGUCGUCCUCUCCGUCAUCCUCAAUGUCCUCUCCCAGCUCCUCUUCAAGAACCGCAAUGAGCCUCCUAUGGUCUUCCACUGGUUCCCCUUCAUCGGCAGCACCAUCACUUAUGGCAUGGACCCCCCCGCCUUCUUCAAGACCAACCGCGAAAAGCAUGGCGAUAUCUUCACCUUCGUCCUCCUCGGCAAGAAGACCACCGUCGCCGUCGGCCCUCAGGGCAACGACUUCAUCCUUAACGGCAAGCUCAAGGAUGUCAACGCCGAAGAAAUCUACACCGUCCUGACCACCCCUGUCUUCGGACGCGACGUUGUCUACGACUGCCCCAAUGCCAAGCUCAUGGAGCAGAAGAAGUUCAUGAAGAUCGCUCUGACCACCGAGGCCUUCCGCUCUUACGUCCCCAUCAUCGCCGACGAGGUCUCCAACUACUUCAAGCGCAGCCCCGACUUCAAGGCCAAGUCCGGCGUCGUCAACCUGCCUCCCAAGAUGGCCGAGAUCACCAUCUUCACUGCUUCCCACGCGCUCCAGGGUGCUGAGAUCCGCAACAAGUUCGACGAGUCCCUUGCCGCUCUGUACCACGACCUCGACAUGGGCUUCACCCCCAUCAACUUCACUCUUCACUGGGCUCCUCUCCCCUGGAACAAGAAGCGCGACCACGCCCAGCGCACCGUCGCUCAGAUCUACAUGGACACCAUCAAGGAACGCCGCGAUAACGGCCGCACCGACGGUCUCGACAUCAUGUCCCACCUGAUGAACUCUACCUACAAGAACGGCAUCAAGGUUCCCGACCACGAGAUCGCCAACAUGAUGAUCGCCCUCCUCAUGGCCGGCCAGCACUCCUCUUCCUCCACCAGCUCCUGGAUCAUGCUUCGUCUCGCCCAGUACCCUCACAUCAUGGAGGAGCUCUACCAGGAGCAGGUCCGCGUUCUCGGUGCCGACUUGCCUCCUCUGAAGUACGAAGACCUCGCCAAGCUGCCCCUCAACCAGGCCAUCAUCAAGGAGACCCUUCGCAUGCACGCUCCCAUCCACUCCAUCAUGCGCGCCGUCAAGUCUCCCAUGCCCGUCCCCGGAACCAAGUUCGUCAUCCCCACCAGCCACACCCUCAUGGCCGCACCUGGUGUCUCUGCUUCGGACCCCGCCUACUUUCCCCAGCCCGACCUUUGGGACCCCCACCGCUGGGAGUCCGACUCGCCCAACGCCCCCAGACUUACCACCAAGGACGCCGAGGAAGAGGAGAAGAUCGACUACGGCUAUGGGCUGGUCAGCAAGGGUGCCGCGUCGCCCUACCUGCCCUUCGGCGCCGGCCGUCACCGCUGCAUCGGCGAGCAGUUCGCCAACGUGCAGCUCCAGACCAUUACUGCCAUGAUCGUCAGAGAAUUCAAGUUCCGCAACGCCGACGGCAGCGACAAGCUCAUCGGCACCGACUACGCUUCGCUCUUCUCGCGGCCUCUGGAACCCGCCAACGUCUUCUGGGAGAGGCGCGAGGCGUAA